GCGGCCGCUCGAGCGGUGCCUGCCCGGGUUGGCCGCCUCGUCGCGAUUCUCGCUGCUGUGCCUGCGCAAGAUGUACGUGCUGUGCAGCCGAGGCGCCGAGGCUUCCUCUCCCCAGGGCUGCCUGCUGCAGGUGGCACAGCUAGCCCUGCCGGUGUUCCUGCGGCGAGUGAAGAGCACCCUCCAGGAUUCCGGGAGUAGCAAAACGGCGGACCGCCUGCAGCUGGAGAAGUGCCUGUGCUGUCUGGACACGCUGGCAGCAAUGACCCUGGCGCCCGCUGUCACAGAUGCAGUGCUUCCUCCCGGCUCACGACUCAAGGCAUUGGUGCGGGCGAGGAGGCCGGAUGGAGCGCUGGCAUACAGGGAGAGGGCCCACCUGCUGAUCUUAUAUGAGGACUUGGUGGCAUGCGUGUCUUCACGGGAGCUGCGCGUCAGAACAGCUGUGCAAGCCCUGUUACUGCUGGCUGGCGAGGAGCUCGGGCUGGUGCCCAAGGCAUCCGCCAAAUCGCCUCAGAAGGCCACAGGUAUCUUGGACCUGGGGCUGUGAAUGCUGCGUUAAAUUGAUACUGUUGUGAGAGCACCCGAUCAAGACUGUGGAGCACGGGUGUCUGCUUGUCUUUUGUGCCUGUUGUGUCUUGGAACUCCAGGAACCUAUUUGUACUACAUGCUGGUUCGUGCCGCAACUCUUCGAUCAAGACUCAAGAAAUGCAUCCAAUAUAGUUGUAAUUUCAAAUUUAUAGA